UCCGUCACGAAGACAUUUAUUGACAUUUAUGUUGUACUAAUUUAAUGAAUUUCUUAUCUCUUGGAUAUAGAAAAUAUCUAGGAAAGAAGUAAAAUUUAGAAAAAAUGGCAUCAAGAUUCAGUGGAGCGUUGCAAAUUACAAAUCUGGAUGAUUUCAUCACUCCAUCGCAGGAAUGCAUUAAACCCAUAGAAAUGCAAGCAAACAAAAGCAAAACAGGUGCAAAGAUAAAAAUACAAUCAGAUAAUGCCCUUUCGCUCAAUGAAAUUGAACAACCAGAAAAAUUACAAAAAGUUGAGAUUACACUUGCAGACUGUUUAGCAUGCAGUGGUUGUAUUACAUCUGCUGAAAGUGUGCUCGUUACUCAACAAAGUCGAGAAGAAUUGCUUAGGGUGUUUCAAGAGAAAGUAGUUCAACAGAAUGUAGGAAGCACAGAUUCUAAAUAUAUAAUAGUAAGUCUAUCAGUGCAACCAGUGUUGUCACUGGCACAACACUAUGAACUUACCCCUGAGCAAACUCUCCAUAAACUAGCAGGAUUUUUCUAUCGAUUGGGAGCUGAUGCAGUAUUGGAUAUGACAGUGGCUGACGAUUUUGUCUUAUUAGAAGCUGCCAAAGAGUUCGUCGAACGUUAUAAAGCCAGUAAAGAGGGCAUGAAAAAUCAGUUACCAAUGUUGUCUUCUUCAUGUCCAGGUUGGGUAUGUUAUGCUGAGAAAACUCAUGGAAAUUUUAUAUUGCCAUAUAUAAGUAUCACAAAAUCACCUCAGCAAAUUAUGGGAUCAUUAGUAAAGUAUCACUUAGCUGAAGUUAUGAAUCUGUCACCAGAACAGAUAUAUCAUGUAACUGUAAUGCCCUGCUAUGAUAAGAAGUUGGAAGCUUCCAGAGAAGAUUUUUACAAUCAACAAAGAAAGACGAGAGACGUAGACUGUGUCAUAACAUCAAUUGAAUUGGAACAGAUGCUAAGUGAAGAUGGUUUAGUAUUAAACGAAAUAGACGAAGGUGAAAUUAAACAACCAUUUGGGUCUUGCAAUGAAAACAUUGGAAAUAAGUUGUGGGGUCAUAGUGGCUCAGGAUCAGGUGGUUACGCAGAUUUCAUUUUUCGUUACGCAGCAAAGAAUCUUUUUGACGAGGACAAUGUUACAGUGGAUUUCAAAAAUCUUAGAAAUCCUGAUUUUCAAGAGGCAGAAUUGAAAAGAAAUGAUCAAGUGUUAUUAAAGUUCGCUACUAUUAAUGGAUUCCGAAAUAUACAGAACAUAGUUCAAAAAAUGAAAAGAGGCAAAUGCGUUUAUGACUAUGUUGAAAUUAUGGCAUGUCCAUGUGGUUGUUUAAACGGUGGAGCACAAAUAAGACCCAAUGGGAACGUUCAACCUCGAGAACUUGCGUUGACAUUAGAAAUUAUGUAUCAUAAACUUCCAUUAAGCAAACCCGAAGAAAAUAAAGUGGUACAGAACCUAUAUAAAACUUGGCUAGGAGGAGAGCAUACAGACAAAGUUAACGCAUAUUUCAAUACACAGUAUCACGAAAUACAAAAAAUGAAUACAGCACUUGCAAUAAAGUGGUGA